GUCACGCCAACUUCCGGCGGAAGCGGACGCCGGUGCCGAGUGCGUCCGGCGGCUGUGGGAGCGAGGUGCGGACGGAGCCGGGCGGCGCACGAGGAGCGGAGCUGAGCGGUCGUGUGCUGUCCCUGGGCGUGCGGCGCGGCGGGAAGGCUGGCCCCGUCCGGACCCGGCUCCAGCUCAAGCUCCAGCUCCGCAGCGCGGCCUCCGGAGGAGGGACGGGGCCCGGGCCGGCCCAGCUGGCCUGAGAAGACCCUCUUCUGGUUCAAGAGUGAUGGCGUUGGAACAGGGGCCAGCAAAGGAUUGGUAUGGCAUUCUGGGGGCCGAGCCUUCUGCUAAUGUGUCAGAACUGAAGCAAAAGUAUCAGAAACUCAUAUUAAUGUAUCACCCUGACAAGCAGAGCACAGCUGCGUCGGCAGGGACACCAGAGGAGUGCCUGCAGAAGUUCAUCGAGGUGGAUCAGGCGUGGAAAAUUCUGGGGAAUGAAGCUGCAAGGAAAGAGUAUGACCUGCAGCGGCAUGAAGAUGAGCUCAGAAGUAUGGGACCAAUAGACGCUCAAAUGUAUCUUGAAGAAAUGUCUUGGAAUGAAGGCAAUCGUUCUUUCUCUCUGAGCUGCCGAUGUGGUGGCAGAUAUGUCGUUUCUGAGCAGGAGGCAGCAGCCACCAGCCUGGUUCCGUGCGACACGUGUUCGCUGAUGGUGGAGCUCCUUCGCGACAACUAGCUGCGCAGUCACACUCUUGCCAGGAGAGGCCAACCGGAAGCCGCCACGGAGUAAUAGGAAAUGAACUUCGUCAUAACGUGGGCUUAGAAUUCAUAUUUACACAUUGCCAAAGAAAAGACUUCAAUUAUAAAUUGUAUUUUGUGGAUUGAUGUCUGAGAACUUUUGUUUGCUCUUAGGAAAAUAAGAACUUUCUUUUUCGAACGUGAGCAUGUCUUCCCUUGUGUUGGGUCACAGUGCCACCGAUUCCUUUACAGUGACUUGGGUUCUGAUCGGCCAGAGCUGCUUCUGGCUGCUGAAGGCACAGGCCUGGUGGCCUCUCUGUGGAUCCGAACCCCUGUGGGAUGCGCAGAGCUGGUUCUCCGUGAGCAAGGCUGGGUGAGGGUGGCAUGGGGCGGUUCCCAGUGGCUGGAGAUCGGGCGGCAGCAGCUGGAGAAAUGCAGCUCGGAGCCCUGGCUGCGAACAGUGCCAUCCUCAGGUGUAACUCAGGGAGUGGAAGCUUAAAGAAGCAACCGGAAAAGGUGCUUCCCUUUGCCUACUCCAGAGCCUCAGGAUCCGACCACAGUGCCUACGUUGGGGUUCCCUGGGAUGAGGCACUGGACUUUGAUGGUGUGGGCUGUGGACUGUGGCUUGCGAGGCAUUGGUUCCCCCUUUUCCGAUACAGUGCUGCCUCACUUGUCCCACAGCUCCAUGCUUGGACUUUCUUGAACUUUCCACCAUUUGAACAGCAAAGUUCGAAAAAAAUCUCCUCGGUGCUUGUAACUUUGCUUGAUGGUUGAACAAAAAUCCAACUAGAAGAAACCUGUACGGGUGGAGAGUGAAUCUUGGACUGCAUUUCUCCUUGGACACAAAAGGGUGACGCUUCACUCAGCGCUGCUUUGGCCCAGCCCACAAACAGUGCUUCUGUUAGUACGUUACAACACCCGUCACUGUGCUUUUUCCGGCGUUAUUUGCAUAAAAUAUGAUAACCAUGGCCCCAAAGAAAGUGACAGCAGCAAAGCAAAGUGGAAAACUGAGAAACAUGACAGAGUUAAAGAAAUUGUGAAAUUUGAAUCAGGUCACUGCUUGUCUGAUUUGGUAGCUGAAUACAACAUGGCUAAGUCGCCAUUAUCAACACUUCUAGAAAAAAAUGUGAUUAAAGCAGCCAAUGUAGUAAAAGGUGUGAAAACGUUAACGGCGAAACGAAGAACCCAGGCCAUCAUAGAGGCUGAAAAGUUACCGUAAGGUCGGGUAAAUGAGAAACUGGACGGCGACGGUGACAAUUCGAGAAGGCCAAACACCUCCACAGUGAUUCACUGACAGUGUUGCGGAGUGAGUGCUGAGCAGCCUCAAGUGUUCAAAGCCAGCUGUGGCUGGUUUGAAAAAUUCAGAAAGAACAGGCACACACAGUAGAGUGAGACAUGGGGAAGGAGGGAGCUCAAAUACAGACAAAGCCGGUACCUGUGAGGCUAGACUUGCUGAGGAGUGACACUCAGCAUCCACAUAUUCAGCAAGUAUUCAGUGGGACAAACUAGACUCUGGGAAAGAAAUGCCCAGUAGGAACUCAUUCUGAAGCGGAAAAGGCACUGCCAGGCCACGAGCCUAUGAGAUAGGCUGGCUCUGUUGUUGGGGAACACGGGUGGGGACUGAAGUGAAGCCCGUGUUAGUGCACCAUUCUGAAACCCAUGGGUUUUUAAACAACAAAACAAUAAAAAAUAAGUGCGAUGUGGAGGGUAAAUAAUGAAGUGUGGGGAGCAGACCGUUUUUCACUGAGUAGGUGUUUGGGCAGGAGAAUUUGCCUGGAAACUCACUCCUCCUGACUGAUGGUGCUCCUGCUAAUCCUCCAGGCUUGGAGGGCGUUGGAUGAUAAAUGCUCCUUUAUCACUGUUAAGUUCUUGGCCCUUAAUACACUCCUGUCAUCCCGCAUGGACCUGCAGGUCUUUGCUAAUUUCACAAAACUCCACCAGGGGACUGUCGCCGCAUGCUUGGAAAUACCCUCCCACACAGGGGACCCUUCCAGAGUUCUGGCAGUCACGUUCGCAUGCUCACUGCAUUGCCCUUCUCCAUAAGGCCUGGGGGAAGUCUCUACAAGACCCUGAAUGCUGCACGGUCAAAGCUGUGGCCAGAAGCAGAGACUCUGAAGGCUCCGAGGGCUCUGAGGAGCAGCCUGGUGUGAAGCAUGUUGUGCCUCGCAGGUGCCUGUGUCUGGAGGCUGAUGACAUGGAGGAGUCGGCAACCGAGCACAGUGCAAAGCUCGCCCCAGAAGAACGUCAGGGUCUUCAGGAGGAGCAGCGGUGUGUGGCAGCUGAGGGCAUAGCCUGGGUGAGGAGGAGGGGCCCGAGGAGCUCCCCGCUCGUUGAUAAAGAAGUGAAUGCACCAUGGGUGGAAAUGGCCACCUCUGGACAGAACCACACACGGAAGGCCGUGACAGGACUGUGAGCCUCGCAAAUGCAAAUGCUGCCUCUCACUUCAGGAAGUUUGAAAAGGCAGAAGCAGGUGUUGGACAAAUUUUUAGUGAGAAAAGAUGAAAAAAAGACCGAGAGACAAGACCCAGAAAGGGUACUGCCAGGAGUCGCUGCAGAAGGAGACGCUCCUUCCAGAAGUAACAUUUCUCCCUCUGAUUUCUCUCCAGCUUCUGCUAUGCCAGGAAGCCUCCAAGUCUCAGAGUGAAGCUCCUGGACAGAUUUUCUUAAAAUUUCACUUACUGUAUCAUUUUGGUAUUUAAUGUACCAUAUUUAUGGUGUUCAGCUGUUUUAGGGAUAUUUCCACAACCAAGGGCUGUUUGUUUUGUGUAAAGUCCUGGAAAAAUGAAUUUUUAAGUGUAAUUUUUGGGCCUCAGAACCCAUUAUUUGGUUUUUCACUUUUCUUAUGGGGAAAAAAAUGUAUUCAGUUCUUUGAACUUUUCAGUGUUUGAACAUGAAUUUGGAACAAAUUGAGUUUGACAACCGAGGUAUCACUGAACUUGAUGUUCUAUGGUGUAAGGUAGAAUUUAUUUGAAGAUCUUCA